CUCCCUCGAAGGCCGGUCUCACAAACGCACACGAACCUUCAAUUUGUAUACUAUAAAGAGCCACUUGUUGAAUCAACGACAUUAUUCGAUUAUCAGACGUCGAUAACACACUAUCAAAAUGUUUAAACUAUUCCUGUUCGCUUGCUUCCUGGCCGUCGCUGCCGCCAAGCCUGCCAUCGUGCCCGUGGCAUACACAGCAGCGUACACUGCUCCCGUGGCAGCCGCGUACACGGCUCCCGUUGCAGCGGCGUACACCGCUCCCGUUGCGUACUCAGCGUACACCGCACCUGUAGCCUACUCCGCCUACAGCUACGCUUCCCCAUACGCUUACUACCUUCGUUGAAAAUCUUAACAAAAUAUGAACUCGAAAUCCGACAUUCAGCAAAUAUGUUAUUAAAUGAGUGAACUGUUUA